AUGCUGACUCUGAGCGCCUCGAGAAGCUCCUUGCUGAGCUUGAAGGGAAAAAUAUUACCGAGGUCCUUAAUCGCUGAGGGCACCACCAAGCUCGCCUCAGUCCCAUCUGGUGGUGCUGCAUCUGCCCCUGCUGCAGGCGGCGCCGCUGCUGGUGGUGCGGCUGCUGCCGCUGAGAAAGCCGAGGAGAAGGAGGAGGAGAAGGAGGAGUCUGAUGAGGACAUGGGCUUCGGUCUCUUCGACUAA